CAAUAUUACCCUCCGAGGUUUGCAACUCCUAAUGAGGCAGCGGCUUUUGAAGCUGAAUGUACGAAGACUGUAGCACAGCUCCUUGCCUUGUGUUUUCCACCUGCUGCCGAUUCUACGCGUUACCAUUGCUCUGGUCGGAUCGUCUCGGUUGAUUCUUCUAUGCAGUGGUAUUACUUGGGUUGUGCGCUUUGUUCCAAAGCAGCCAUAGAUUAUGAUGGUGUUGACAAAUGGUGUGAUGACCACCGUCGAUUGGUGCCUCAACAAACACAGAACUUUUACAAGCUCCGGGUAACAGUUGAUGACAACACUGGAUCAGCAGCUUUUGUUCUGCUGGGUAGGGCCGCU